AAAAAAUUCGAAUGAAAUACAGCCAUUGGCUCUCAAAGGUCAUCCGUCAUGUAUUUCAUGCGUGGCCAGCCAGAGCAGCGUCAUCGCACGCUGCUGGAGGAGAAGGCCAACCCCCGCGGAAUGGAGUGGCUGUGGAGCUCCAUCACCAUCCGAAUGUACUUGUCGCUCAUCGCCCGCAGCGUACGCCACCACACGCAGCAGGCGGCCAUCGGAGCCCUGCAGAACAUCACGGCCGGGAACGGAGUGGUGACCGAAACCAUCGCCUACACCAUCGUCCACAGGGAGAACGGCCUCCAGCACGUGAGAAAAAUGUUGCAGGAGGGCGAGCGCGACGUGAAGAAGACGGCCGUGUCGCUCGUCAAAAAUCUCUCCCGCUUCCCCGAGCUGCACCCUGAUAUUGUUAAGCAGGUAUUGCCAGAGGUGGUGGAGCUCCUUCCAAAUAACGACACGGGGAGAGACCUGCCCUCGGGCGUGACGGCGUCUCUGUGUCACAUCCUCGUCACCUUGAGCCAAAACGGUGUGCACAACGUGCGAGCCAUGUUGAGCCAGAACGCCCUCCCGAAGAUCUGCAACAUCAGCAAGAAGGACAAUGGGUUAGUCAGCAGCUCCUCUGCCUUUAUCGAGCAUUAUUUCAUUUUAAGAUACUAG